AUGUUCAAGCAAAUCCCACCACCCUCUGAGGACGACCUUCGAGCAUGCUUCGGUCCUGAUUUCGCCAUGGAAUGGGAUCAGGCAAGGGUGACUCGCUGGCUUCAAGACCACAAUUGGGGCCACAUUGCUGAUACCUUUCAAGAACAUGGCAUCUGUGGAAAGGAAUUCUUCCAUAUUAGUUUGGCAAAGCUUGUUGAGAUCCUUCCUCGUAGAGUAACCACCUACGCUGAACGAAGACGAUUACUCAAUGAUAUUCGUGCAUUGGGCACACCUGCUGCUGCUCAUGAUGGUAUUCUAACACCUACCAAUAUAUCCAUCAAUACCAAUGUACAUCAGCCUUAUCCCAAUACCGAGCACAACUCUUUCCCAACAUCCGCCAAUACACCCACAUCGGCCCAUUUGGCGAGUAGCAGCUCUCCAACAACACCUCUCAACCACACAUCAUCAUCUCAAUACGAGAUCAAGGAUAUUGGAAGUGGUUUUAGCCAUUUGUCAUGCUCUAGACAUAGUGCAGGUGGCACAAGUGCAAGUGGUGGCGGUUUAUCAUCUCCUUCAUCCAUCGAGUUUCCAAGUCCUGUGGCAACGAGCACCGUAGCAGCUACCUCUUCUUCUUCAUCAUCAUCGACAACGCCCACUGCUACUACUGCUCGUAAUGGUCAUCAUCAUCGUCAUCAUCAUCAUUAUCAUUCACCUACACGGCUGUAUUCACCAAGGUCCGCCAUUUCAAAGAUACGCAAUACAUUUAUGCAUUCAACAUCGACCAGCAGCAAUAACAAUAACACGUCAUCUUGUCGCAUGAACGCUCCAGAAAACGAAACUUUAUCUACGGAUGCAUCCGAUAACCGACCUUCAACAACAACGUCACGUACACCUGAUCGCUUAAACAAGUUUUGGGCAGCCUAUGCCAACUGGCGUUCUGGGGGUAGUAGCAAUGCAAGUAGCAGCAAUACCAGUAGCCAUAGCAACAAUGGAAACCAUUAUAGAAAGGGGCAACAACAACAUCAUUACCAACCACAACAAGGAACAAGUACGUUGUCAUCGUCGUCAUCUUCAGGGGCUCUUCCGGAAAUGAACCACAAUCUCGUGGCCACCAAAGUGCCCAUGACGGCUCACAAACGGUUUUCCGAUACUCGUAUCCAAGUAACAGGUGAUCGAGAAACUUGGUAUAGCGUGGUGGUAACGGAUAUCCGGGAUGCCGAUACGCUCAAGGAUAGGAUUCUUCAACGGAUGAAUCUUCCUUUGCAGCAUCGAGAUGGCUACUGCUAUUAUCACGAGAAUGGUCCGGAUCCAGAGAUGGCAUUGACUUCACAAGAUCUAUUGGCCAUUUGCUCUAUUGCAGACCAUGCAGCUAACCAACGCAUAUUGGUCUGUGCAAUCAAGUUGGAUCCUGGAUCUUGUCCCGUAUUCGAAUACCCCAACAACAUCAUGACUAAUUAUCCACCUGCUGCUGCUGCUGCAACAUCUCACAUGAAUUAUAAUGUUGACCUUCAUCAUUCACAUUUACAUCCUACCACUUGUACUUCCACACCUUUGUAUGGCAAUGCAACCUAUUCCUUAUCCACACCAGAGCUUGGCCAUUCUCCAUCAGAUACCCCUUCCACACCCAAAGGUGUUGUCGUUGGUGGUAGUGGUGGCAAUCAACAAGGAUCAUCAAGCCCUAUUCUCCUACCGGACCAUGCUGCUGCUGCUGCUGCUGCUGCUGCUGCCCAUCCCAAUUCCAAACCAUUCUUUUUGUUUGCAAACACAAGCACUGCAGCUUUACCCACCACCUCAUAUCACCAAAACAGCAAUAGCAACAACAACAACAAUACUAAUAAUGGCUAUCAUCAUGAACCCACAGGUGUACAAUUAUCGGAUCCACCGGCAGCUACGACAUUUCCAUUGGAUGAAAAUGCACCAUCUCCUGCAGCAUUACAGGUUCGACGUGCUAGCGAUCAUCAAAUCAUGACCAAUACCACUGCUGCAGUCGUUGUUGAGCCUAGCAUCUCUUAUGAUCAUCAUCAUCAUCAUCACCAUGCAACACCCACCGCUGAUAACAAUGCACGAUCAUCCAAAGAAAAAAGAAGCAACAAGCUAUGGACACGACGUUCUGAACCCAUGCUCAAUCGUCGUCAUCUUUUUAAUCAUGUUCGCCCACAACAACAAGAACAACAAACACCACCUCCACCAUCCCAUACAACCACAAUGGAUGCUGUACCCAAACCGGCAGCACAAUUAUGGGCUGUUCCUCCCACCAAACCACCAUGUCAUUCACCUUCUUCACCACGAUACCCUCAUCAUCAUCAUCAAGGUGGUAACAAAAAGAAUGCAUUUUGGGGUGAACGUCCACCUGCUGAAGUUGUAUGUCAAAACAUGGAUCAAUACUUUGACAAUCAUGAUCUUGACAAGGAGAUCAUUGUUGAAGAAGAUGGUGUCCAUAGCAACAACAACAGCAUGGCAACACCGCAACAACAACAACAACAGCAACAGCAACCUGUAGUACGACGUCUGACACAUACCAAAUCCAUUCGUGUUGUGGCACGUGAAGCUAGCAAAAAAUACAAUACAGCACGUAAAAUUAAGGAAGGUGGCAUGCUUCGACGCAAGAGUACCAAAUUAUGGGGUCAGCAUUUGGUGGAAGUUAAGCCUGCACGACAACAACAACGACGACGUCAAGAUGAUAUGACGACAACACCGAGUCCAAGUAGUAAUGGUGGUAGUGGGGAUCGUAACAGCAUGAUGUUUCUUGAUAACAACGGCAGCACCACGAAUGGUCCUAAUCAAUCUGUGCAAUGGAUUCGAGGCAAGCUUAUUGGUAAAGGAUCGUUUGGACGUGUCUAUUUGGCAUUCAAUGUGGCCACGGGUGAAGUGAUUGCUGUCAAGCAAGUUGAGAUUCCUCGUACCAAAUCCGAUCGACAAGACACACGACAACUGGAUAUGGUGGAUGCCUUGUAUCAGGAAAUGUACAUGUUACGUGAUCUUGACCAUGAUAAUAUUGUUCAAUACCUUGGGUAUGGACGUGAUCAUGACGUGGUGAAUAUCUUUCUCGAGUACGUUUCCGGUGGCAGCAUUUCAAGUCGAUUGUCAUUACAAGGUGCAUUUGAAGAACCGCUUGUACGCUAUUUCACACGUCAAAUCGUUGCAGGGCUCAAUUAUCUCCAUGGAAGAAACAUCCUUCAUCGUGAUAUCAAGGCAGCUAACAUUCUGGUGGAGGCUGAUGGCAUAUGCAAGAUUUCCGAUUUUGGCUUAUCCAAAAAGAAUGAUUAUGAUGAGGUGUAUGAUGAAAACUCACGCAUGUCGUUGCGUGGUUCUAUUUACUGGAUGGCACCUGAAGUGGUCAAGAAUGAACCCUACAGCGCCAAGGUCGACAUUUGGAGUUUGGGAUGCACCGUCAUUGAAAUGUUUACGGGUCAACGUCCAUGGCUCACACUCAAUCAAAUUGCCACGCUUUACAAUCUUGGUUGUCAAAAAUCUCCAACGCUCCCUGAGAACAUUUCGGACAUUGGCAAAGACUUUCUCACGCAAUGCUUCAUAAUUGAUCCCAACAAACGGCCCACAGCAGCCACUUUACUCACCCAUCCAUUUUGCCAACCCGAUCCAACGUUCCGGUUUACGGAUUACAUUGACAAGGGCAAAGUUUAA